UUUCCGUCUCCUCUUCUUGCAAUCUAGCCCUAAGCGGCAGGUACUGCGGUCUGUCUCUCGCAACACCCGACCGGAUGAGAGGCUUAAACAGGCUAGCCGCCGCCCCCGGCCGCCCCACCGCCUCCGCCGUCUCCGCCGCGUACUCCACCUUCUCCGGCGGCGGUGGAGGUGGCGGCGGAGGAGGGGGAAGGGGCCGCGGCUCCAGCCCUCCACCGAGACCCCCGCUCCAUCCCCGUGCCCCCGGCCAAGCCGAACCCGACGCUGACGAGGACCCCUUCGCCCCUACGGGCCUCGGCCAUGGACGAGGUCGCCCGGUCCUCCCCUCCUCCCCCGUCCUGCCUGCGUUCUCCUCCUGGAUGUCCUCAUUCAAGCCCUCCUCCUCCCCCGCCGCCGGCCGCGGACGCGCCCCGCCCCCGGAAUCCGCCGGCCGCGGCCGUGGCCUCCCCCAGCCUCCGCCCGCCUCCGCCGACGAUUCCCAGACCAAAAGACCUAUCUUUUUCAAAAGGGAGGAUUUUCCCGUUCCCCCGGAAGAAACCCAAUUCACCGAUCCCGAGGAAGUGACCCCUCUCCCUCGGAGCCUCUCCCCCCUCCUCUCCGGAUCCGGCCGGGGAAAGCCCACCCGGCCGGAGGAACCGGAUUCCCGGGCGAGCGAGGAGAAUCGGCAUCUCCGGCGUCGAGCGCCCAUCGGGGCCCCGAGGGGCGGGCGGGAGCCAGCGGAGCCGAGAGCGGGCCAGCCGAGACUGGACCGUGAGGAGGCGGUGAGGAAGGCGGUGGAGGUUCUGUCUCGAGGGGGCCCUGGCGGCGGGAGGGGGAGAGGAGGGAGAGGGGCUGCAAUGCGUGGGAGAGGGAGGGGCGGGAGGUUUAGGGGCCGCCGGGCUGAUGAAGCUGCGGAGGAGUAUGGUCUUUAUCUUGGGGACAAUGCUGAUGGAGAGAGAUUGGAGAAGAAGCUUGGAGAAGAGAAUAUGAAGAAGUUGGGUGAAGGAUUCGAAGAGAUGAGCUGGAGUGCGCUGCCUUCUCCAUUGGAAGAUGCCUACUGGGAUGCUGUCCAUACUAACAAUAUGAUCGAAUUUGAGCCAGAAUAUCUGGUGGAUUUUGACAAUCCUGAUAUCGACGAGAAGCCUCCGAUGUCCCUCCGUGAUUCACUGGAGAAGGCAAAGCCUUUCUUGAUGGCAUAUGAGGGGAUAAAAAGCCAAGAGGAGUGGGAGGAAGCUGUUCAAGAGACAAUGGAAAAGGUACCAUAUCUGAAUGAGCUUAUAGAAAUGUACGCUGGGCCUGAUACAGUUACCGCAAAGCAACAACAACAAGAGUUGGAAAGAGUGGCAAAAACACUUCCAGAGAAUACACCUUCUUCUGUAAAAAGAUUUGCCAAUAGUGCUGUUCUUACUCUCCAGAGCAAUCCAGGCUGGGGUUGGGACAAGAAGUGCCAAUUCAUGGACAAGCUUGUGUGGGAGGUUUCCCAGCAUUAUCAAUAGAGCAGUAUCGCCAUCUUGGGUCCGGUUCUGAUGAAAUCUUUACAUAUUGGCCAUCAAUAAUGGGAUUUUGGUGAAGCUAAGAGCUGAUGCAAUGUGUUUGUUAUCCUACCGACUGUAUCUUAUGUUUAGUUGUUGAUACAUCUACAUUACUAGAAUGGAAGGAAUAAAUUUUUCUAUUUAAAUACUCUACAGUUAUCCAGGCAACGUUACUAAUUCACUGAAUAUUUACAAUGCUCUGCAGCAGAAGUUAUAGAUAUAGAUGGAACUGCAGUGGCAAUUUGUUUCAAAUUUUACCUGUGCUGUAGAUUGAAUUCAUUAUUUUAGUGAAGAUUUGUUGCACUCCAAUUGCUUUUC